UCUCUCACAUCGCUCAUAAGUACGCGCACCGCCGUAGGUCGGGUUCGCAAGCAACGUCGGUCGGCUUGUGACACCGUUAACCUAACGGAACACCCUGCAGGGACACGUUUUGGCGGACGGGGAGAGGAGGCAAACAUGAUGUUGUGCAAGAGGAGCGUCUGCACCAGCAGCCGCCGCCUGGUGGGUAUGCAUAUUUUGAUUGUUGCGGGAUUGUUGGGGCAAACGGGGGCCUUCAUGGCGCCCACCGGCAAACCAACAGCCGAGAGGGGGCUAGAGCGGGGAGUGAAGGCGAUCGGGGCGGCUGGCACGGAGGCUGCAUCCAGCAAGAGUACCUCUACUGGAUCCACCGACGCCUCGUCUAAGACUCUGCUCUUGAGGGACCAGUUGAGGGAUGCAAUUUGGAAGGCGACGGACUCGAUCACGCAUGCUGUGGAGGGCAUGCCAGAUGUCAUGGCGAACACGAACGAGAGUCUGUUGAAGCUGGGGACCCUGGUGGAGAACAUCGACGAGCGGUACUUUAGCAAGUACGUCGCCGUCGGGGCGACUCCCGCCUACAAAGACACGCUGGCGGCGGCGGCGACGACGACGAGCGGGGCGACGGGGACGGGGGUCUCGAUGUCUAAGGGUGGUAAACCCGACAAGAUGACGGAGGAAGCGGAAGGAUUGGCGUCGACGGCAUCGUCAGACGCCUCCAAGGCCGCCGAUGCGGUAUCUAAGAGCGUGUCCGCUUCGGCCGGUGCGGCGGUGGAGACGGUGGGCAAGGCCGCGGGUGAUGCAAAGGCGGCGGUCGCAGAGGAGGGGUCUUCUGGAACGGUGAAGCUGGACAGGCCCAAGGAGGUGCAAGGCGUAUUCGACGACGUGCAGAAGAAAGCGGUCGACUUCUACAAGACCAGUUCCGGGGCAAUGUCUAAGUCGCAGGACGCUGAAGGUGGGGCGGUGGCCCCGAUGUCCGAGGCGGCGAAGACUCUCGAGACCAAGCUUGAGUCGCUCCUCAGCGAGAGCAAUUUCAAGCCACGGAAGCUCAAGAAGGACAAGAAGUCUCAGCUGGUGGACGCCAUCAAGGCCAUGGAGGAAUCCUACCCCGCGGGCGCUAACCCCCUGGCAGACCCCGCCCUGUCGGGGCAGUGGAGCGUGGUGUAUUCGUCGAGCUCGCGACUGCUCGGGCGCGUCAUCAAGGGUCUCUUUUCCGGAUUUUUCAAGACCUCGGAUCGAAGGCAGGUGGUGGACACGGGCGCUUCCAGCGUGCUGAACGCUUGCCGCGCCCGACUGAGGUUGACGCCGCUGGCGCUGCGAGUGGCCAAGAAGGGGUCGUACAGGAAAACGGCGGAGCGCAAGGUGUUGGUGGAGAUGCCGCCGACGAAGAAGGGGUUGCUGCGGCGCGUGCUGCCAAGCCUGCGGGCGGGCAAGGUGGAGGCGGAGGUGACGUACCUGUCGGACAAGUGGCGCAUCUGCCGGGCGGGCGGCGUGACGCUAGCCUUCCGGAAGAGCGGUGGCGAGGACUAGAUCCGGGAGGGAGGGUCCCGAGGGAAAGGGAGCAGCAGAUUUUGUGAUAUAAACCGCAUUUCCAGGUGCGUCUACACGAAGAAGGGGUGGACGUUUUAGAGGAACCCGGACACUUGUGAUGCUGCGUGUACCCGCGCUGCUUGGCGAGCAGGGUCGUUGACAAGUGACAAACGGACACCCGAGCAACACUUGCUUUUUCUUUUUCUUGUGGGGACUAAAUGGCGGUGCUGGUGCUGCUCCAGCGCGAUCGGCGAAUAAAUCCCCUGCCAAUCGCGGGGACGGCUAAAUAAUGAGGUUGUCAAGAGCUCGCAGAUAGGCUUAUCGUCGGGUGCUUUCUUCACAACCGACGACCUGCAAAGACCGCUGUCUGAUAGAUGCAAGCCUGUUCCAGGCAGACGGGGGGCUGUGUCGUGCAGGGCGGGGCAUGUCUUCAGCCUUGCGCCCUCAUACGCGUUCCCUUACGCGCAGGCUCAAUAGCCGUCGACUACGUAUUAAGGCUGUUAUCGGGCAUUGGCUCACGAGCCGCCACUUUGUGUAUUUCAUCUGUAUGAGCGGUCCCUGUUUUUUGUUUACUCGCAAAAGACGAGGCGGUGGCAGGUUAGAGGUCCCGUCGUGAAGUGUUAUGCGUAGAACUACAUGCGGAGACAUUUAAAGCCACACGCCGCGCCCUAUUGACAUGUUUCAACUAGGCGCAGUUGCGGGAAAUAUGGCUGUUGCCCUGCCUCUCCCCAAUUAUCUGUCGGUAGUCAGUCAGUGUGGAUCUGGUUGGAGGGAGCGGGAAUUGAUUUUCUAUUUUUUGGCGUCGAGAUGUUCACUAACCCUAAACACAGCAACACUCAUAGUUAAGAAUUCAGUUUUGCCCGCUACGACGGUGGGUACCGUAGGUAACGAUCAAGGUUGCUGUGGGAAGAUGGUAGGGCCACCUUGAAGUGACCAGGAAAAGGGUGGCAGGCAGCAGACAGCAGUGUAUCAUUGUCCAGGUUUGUUUUGGUUUUGCCACGAAAAGCUUGCGGCUGACGCGUCACGAUGACCGAGCGACAGCCGGGGAAAGGGAACGGGAAGACAAAGUACACCUAGGGAGGAAAUGGGCAAAAUGAGGGGGGAGGGGUAUUUACCGAGGGAAUAAAAGUACAACCAGUUACUUCAAGCUUGAUUUAGUCCCAACUGCCGUGUAUGGGAUAUGAGGGAGAACAAGACAAGACGACCUAUGGGGCAUGAGGUUGCUCUUCGUUGUUGUUGUUGUGAUCGUCUUUUUUUGCCUUAGAAGAAAUGUAAAUGCAUGGCAUUGCAGCAGUCUCGGUGGAACAAAGGCACGCGCGCGGUUGCCUCUCCCCGCUCCGUGAGUUUGUUCGUCGCUGUGCGUGUAUGCAUAGGGGGGGCAGCGGGAGAGGAGGACUUCAACGGUCGAACUGCUAACAGCCCCUAUGCAUGUAUCGGAGUCAGAGAUGUGGCAGACCGUCUUGUCAGUGUGUUUUGGUCCUAUUGGUUGUGGCGACAGUCUUCCCAUUUUUCGUGGUGAGACGUGUGCUGCUAGACACACCUCUUGAGUAUAGCCGAGCAUCACAGCAGUGAUCAAGCUGUGCGGAGAGGUGAGUUUUAACAUGACGUUGAAGUAUAUAUUGACUACCAACCACAUAAUUCUACUGUUCCCGAGAGCAUGAUAGAGCGAUAUCUCCAUGUUGGUAACAGACUCAACACGACAGCAGUUUUUGCCUACUGCGGUGUUCUGCUGUGUGCGUCGAGAUAUCGCUAUGUGGAGACGUGGAUAGUUCUGCUGCGCGCACGUAGAUCGUCGAUGCCACACACUUGACAGUCCUGUAGACUAGUAUCUAGGAUUUUUUUUCGCACGUUGCACUUCUUCCCUCAUGAUUGCUGCAAGGAUAAUAAAGGAAUCAACGAUUCCUGUCUCUUCAUCUCCUCUAGUCUACUUCUCCCCGUAUGCUUGGCUUGCUCCCUUGCGUUCCGAUGCUUCUGUUGUGGGCAAGAGUCCAUCUCCUUUCUCUUUUUACUUCUGGUGCAUUGUAUGCAUAUCAGCCCUUCCUUGAUCAGCCCCAUCUUGGCUUCUCGCUCUUGUAGCAUGUAUUUCGUUUUUUGUUUGUUUUUCUCCCAU